AUGGCUGCAACAAGGCUUGUUCGGCCGAAACCCCUGGACUGGCCGGGUCCUUCGCAUUUGGAUGUUUUUAUUAGUAACCUGAAGCUGUUGCAUUUGGAUCAACGCGAGGACUGGCCCGGUAUAUCUCUCCGCGCCUUGACUCCGACAUCACAAAACCAACGACGCCGAACCCGACUAAUAGAAUGGGCCUUGUAUCACCUCUAUACCAUUUGGGAUCCGGAGACCGCCCAAAAUAAACUCCGGCCCUUCUUCCCCCCGUUAGAACUUCUACAAUCUGCCAACCUCCGCGCGGCCUUGUUUCGGUGCCUGGGCGAAUUGAAGAAGAAUGGUGAUCUGGGAAAGGAGAUCAUUCUCCGCAAAACCAUGCUGGAUGAUUGCAAGGGCGAGAAAUUCGAGGAGCUGCUCGCUGGCUUCUCCACCGCCGUUCUCCGUAAAGUUGUGGCGGUGUCCGCAGACGACAUGUUUUUGAACCCUGCCAUGAAGCUUUCGACUGCGACAGCCAUGACUUUAACCGACUAUCAGAAUAUCCUACCACUUAUUCUUGCCCACCAAGUAUCUCUCGGUUCUGCAGGAGAACGCCAAGCCCGAGUUCGAGAAGCAUCUGAUCGGUUCUCACAGCUGCUGAAUGAAAAACAGAUAGAACUGGCUGAAUUUGCAAGUCAGCCAUCAGGAGGCGGCAUUAAUGAUAUGCAGAGAAAUCCCGAGAGCUUGGUGCGUGAGUUGCAAACAAAUUGGCUGGGCAGUGAGGAGUGGGCCACUGCACUGCUCGAAGGCGGAUCACAAAGCAGCACUGAUGCUUUUCUGGAACUUCCUUUCUCGGCGGCGUGGAUGCGGGUGAAGAACUCGAAUGUAGACAGUCUCGGCGGUGGAUUGAAGCAGGACCUGGUCCUUGAUUUGGAGGCUCGUGUUCUACUCCAACGAAGUCGAUUGCGCAAGUGGCAUGAAUACAACAAGUCCCUCGCAAGGGAAAGAGGCACCGACGAAAUGUGCACAUUUUCGCCUAACGAACCGCGUGUGUUGUUCCGGGAUCACCAGUCCCUCACAGUUGCUAGUAUAUCAAAAGCCGUUCGCCAGCCCGGAGAUCGCGGGCGGAAUCUGAAAGGGCCAGAGAAAUAUCUCCUAUCGUCUGUGAAUGAGGCCCUAUCCCGUAUCAAUGGCAAAUCCCGUGUGAGGCCUGCAGCUUCCACGCCGGAAGUUGAAACGAGCAGCAAUCUACAUCGCAGAAGCUCAUCGGAGAUUACUAGCUCACCAUCAACAGUGGCAGAAGACUAUCACUUCCCAGGCCAUCUACCAGAUUUGGAAACUCCAGAGCUAUUUCCAGAGCCCGAGCUCGAGCUCGAGCUCGAGCCGAGGUCCAAACCCAACCCACAUCCAGAAUCAGAGCAAAGUCAAUCUUCCCCCCCAAUUGUCCGGCUACCCUCAGACCUCCCCUCGUUCGAUGAGGCACCAGUCCCUGAACCCAUCGAGCGCACCCACACCUUAACCGAGCGCACGCGUAAGUCAAUGUCUCUCCUACCACCCGUGGUCCACGAAACGCCACGGCCACGCCGCAAACCUCGCCCGUCCUUCCCGGUCAACCAGUUUGUGACGCCACAUAAUACCUCUGCACACUCCGCUCGCUCAAGAGAUGAGAUCAUACGUGCUUCGACGCCGCAGGAUAAGCUAUUCGAGGAAGAUGCUGAGUACGCAAGUGUCUUCAAGUCGCGGCCGCGUGUGGCGCUCAGUCCUAUCUCGUCACCGGCUGUGCAUGUCAGUCCCUCCUUUGAGGAAGACCAUUUUGAAUUGGAUUAUAGGGAUUGGGAUGAGAGCGACGAUUGUGAGUGGGGGGAUGUCAAUUCGCCUUUGGCUGCUCCGCGAUUGAGGGGCUAG